AUGUCGACUGCUGCCAUUGAAGUAGACCCCUCCGUCUGGAAAGCCAUUGCCGGUUCCUCCGUUCAAAUCCCUCCUGUCAACUCCUAUGUCUACUACUUCACUCAAGGCCAUAUCGAAAACUUCUCCUCCACCUCUAUUCAGAAAUGUAAUCUUUAUUUUUGUCAUCCCAUCAUUCUCUGCAAACUCCUCUCUGUUCAAUUCCUCGCGGUCCCUUCCUCUGAUCAACUCUCCAUCAGAAUGCGCCUCCAACCAGUCCACCCAAGUUGGCCUCGCCGGAGAACGCGUCUAAAUGGAAGUGAGGAAAACGAAGUUCUUUCAUACACCAAAAUUUUGACUCCAUCCGAUACCAAAAAUGAAGGAGGAUUUUUUGUUCCAAGGUACUGUGCUGAUCUGAUUUUCCCUCGGCUUGAUUUGUCUGCCGAGCCACCGAUGUGCCAAAACUUGGUAAUUAAAGACACUUUUAACUAUGCAUGGGAGUUUCGCCAUGUGUACCGUGGGACCCCGCCCCGUCACAUGCUCACCACUGGCUGGAAUAUGUUUGUCAACAACAAGCAGCUUGCCCCCGGAGACUCUGUGGUUUUCAUGAGCAAAACAUCCACCAAUGAACUCUUCAUCGGGGUUAGAAGGGGGGCGUGUCCCACGAAAAACAACGAUCGGUGGAACUUUCCGACGAUGGUAGAAGAAGAAAUCCCUUUCGAGGUAGUGUAUUAUCCAAUGGUGGGAAUGCGGAAUUUCGUAGUGAGUGCAGACAAGGUAGAUGAUUCGAUGGACUUUUCCUGGGCAUUGAACAUGCGGGUUAAGAUGAUGGUGGAGACUCAGGAAUUCUCAAGUGUGGCUUGGUUUCAGGGGACUGUCACCGAUAUUGAUUCUCAUCGUCACAGCCACGGCACGGGGUUUGCUUCUCCCUGGCGCAUGCUUCAGGUGACAUGGGAUCAACCAGAAAUUAUGCAGAAUAUGAACACUGUAAGCCCUUGGGAAGUUGAACAUGUUCUGUCCACCCCACAACUUCAUCCUUCAAAGAAACUCAAAUCUCAGCAAAACUCUGGGAUUCUACUUGAUGAAGAGGAAGAGAUUUUCCACAUGAAUGAGUCGUGUAAUUCAUCAGCUGGACAUAUGAACUUGUCAUCAUCCGAUAAGUCUCAUUCUAGUGCAAGCUUGCAGGGAGCAAGAUUAGAUCAGAAUGCUAGUUCCCAUAAAGUCCUUACUGAUCCAGUUGAAAAUGUUGUGGAACUUGAACCGAGCACUGUCUCGACAUUGGCUAAUAAUGGAAAUUUAAGUUCUGAGAAGUUGUCACUCAUUGUUCAGAACAGCAUCCGUGAACUAGUGGGACUACAAGGAAACCACUCUUCGACAAAGGUUGUCGUCAAUUCAUUCAAGCUGUUUGGAAAGACCAUUCAUAUUGCUGAUUCUGUUGAAAGUGGUGUGGACAACAGUGAUACGCACGAGGGCAAACCAGUUUGA